GCAUGAAGCCUCUCUUUCCUGGAACUGAAGACGAGACUAGUUGUUUUGAGUCUAUAGCAACCUUGCUGAUAAUGGCGGAGAGGGAGAGGAAAAUAAAUUUGCUCCUUACUAAUAUUUCUCCCAGAAAAAAUGAUGUAAAAACUGUAAUAUAUCACCAAUAAAAGACAGAGUUUCCUGCCAUCAUGACAUCUAUUAGUCAAAAUGAUUUUCUUGCAAAUGGCCAUGAGAAGUCAAUGUUUGUUCAGCCUCCAUCAUCUGGAAGAUGCCAAGAUGUUUCACACUUACUCACAAGAAUAUUUAGAGAAGAUUUCACCAAAGAUGCUAUUGACCAAGAUACAGUCAGAAAUCUGACAACUUCAAAAAGUGGUAAAAUUGGGUAUCAUGAUCAGUAUGUUGAAAAGCUACACCAGAUCCAAAAGCAAUGGGAAAAUAGAAUGGAAGAUGCUGAUAAGAUUGAAAAACACAUGCAAGAUGCCUACAACAAUGCAAGGGAAAAUGAGGCAGUUCAAGAAAAGAAAUCUUCAGAUGAAUGUGCAUCUUUUAAAGAGCUGGGGCUGCCUUCUGUACAAUCUCAUUUGGACAACCACUUAAAUUCUCACCUGUUGAGGCGAUUCAAUCUGAUAGUCCCUCAAGAUUUCAUUGAAGAAGAGAGGAAGUUACAAUUUGACAUGAAAGAUGACGGAUCACCUCAAUACGCAAGGCCAACAACAUCUUCAAUGCAAAGAUACAGAAAGACUCCUGUGGAAGAUAACUACUUCCCUGAAGAAACUGGACAGCUAGAGAGAGCCACGGAAGAACCAACACUACCCAGCAAUCAUGCAGAAAUUCUCAAAAUCAGUCACUCGUUACCGGAUGCUAUCGUGAAAACCGCUUAUGAGAAAAACGAUGGUGCACGAAUUGAGGAGAAAAAUAUAUGGCGCAAACUCAUGAAGCCUUCGCAACGUCAAGUUGAAAGGGAAGACUUGGCUAAACUUCAACAAAAAGCAGACUACCUGAAAAAUCCCAGGUUUUUGCCUCCGAAAUCUGUGAAAGAAUCGACUGGAACGAGAAAAAUCACCAACGGGGAAUCAACACAGGCUGUCAAAACAUGCAAGGCGGCUGACAUUUUUGAGGCUAGCCCCUGCCCAGUUCUGUUUACCGAUUACGAAGCUGGUAAUGAAUACGAGAUUGUUCUCACUUUAAAGAACAUCACAUCUUCUAGUCGUCAGCUCAGAGUGCUUCCCCCAUCAACGCCCUAUUUUGCUGUCAGCCAUGGAAAGUUUCCCACUUCUGACGGCCUUGUUGCUCCUGGAAUGAGCUGUCAAUAUGUCAUUAAGUUUUCACCGGACUCUUUAGCAGACUAUGAUGAUAGCCUGAAGGUAGAAACAAAGUUCUCUGAACCACUUAUUAUUCAGUUACAAGCAAGGAGACCUCCACCUGAGUUAUCGCUUCCUGACACAUUUGCUUGCGGUCAUUGUUUGGUUGGUGGAUCGAAGACUGUGCAACUGCCAUGUAUUAACAGUGGUGGGGAAGGAAGAUUCGUCAUUUUAGCCAAAGACGAAUGGAAAUCACGUAGCUUUCAGGAACUCUAUGAUAAAGAAGAAGAAGUUUCAAUUGGACCGUUUGUUAUACAGCCGAGCUCAUUCCAUUUGCAGCCAAAUGAUUGUAUCAACCUUACAAUGUCAUUUUCUCCUGAUGCCGUUAAGAAAUUUCAAGAACAUCUAGUGAUGCUUUGUGACAACUGCCAAAUCAAAAAGUUCACAAUUGAAGGUUUUGGGGAAACUGCCGGUGUCGAGUUGGUCUCAGUUAAAGGCGGUCUUAGUAGUUAUGAGAUUGGGGAAAGUAAAGAUGCGCGAGCCUCUUGUCUUGUUAAAUUUCCCGAUCGAGUUCCUGGAACUCAAGAAAUCAAGCAACUUGAGAUAAGAAACGCAACGUCAGUUGAUCUAGAGUAUUAUUGGCAAAUCGACCGACCAGUGUAUGCAGGCCAUAACCGGCACAUGCUGCAUAAUGACUGUAACCAGGGAGGAGGGCAACCUGCUGCUUUUGAAGUUCAGCCCUCAUCAGGGAAGCUUACGUCACUGGGAAUCUCUGCAUUCAGUUUAUCUUUCCAACCAAUCCAGCUGGGAAUUUACCGUAACGUAGCCCGACUGAUUUUAAGGAAUGUCCCUUGCACAGAAGAUCAGAAUUCAGUUUUAGCUGAUUUAGUGACGAUUCAAAUUGAGCUCAAAGGCGGAACAAAGAUUUUUGACGUAUCAACGCACCCUGAAGUGGUUACCCUUGAUUGCAAUGUUGAAAUCAAUGUUCCUCAUCACUUAGAAUUCACUGUCUUCAAUAAUAGCUCUUCGCCUUGUCCAAUCGCAUGGGAGAAUAUUGAAGAUGAGGAAUGUUCAGUUCGAAUUGAACCGAACGGGCAAGAAAUCGGUCCGAAUUCACGAAGCGAAUGCUAUGUGACAUGUGUUGGUAAGAAGCCAGGGCUUGUAAGAAGAACGUUAUUCGGUAAAAUACCGCACAGGACUCUGCCUGCCUAUUGCCAUUUUGAAUUACAUUUUACUGGACCAGCGGUGCGAUUCUUGGACAGACUGUUAAAUUUUGGGCUUGUUCGUCACAAGAAUGAUCAAAAGAGACUUGUAGAACUCAAAAACUUUUCGAGUAUCGAUGCCCACUGGAGUCUUAAUGAAUCUAACAUGGAUUUACUUACCUUGGAACCUGUUUCUGGUGUUAUUGAAUCUAACAGCAUGCAAGUGAUCCUUGUCCAUUUGAAAGCUGAUAGCCCUUGCAUCCUAAAUGAAAUAAUUGAGAUUGAAAUAGAUUCAGGAGAGAAUUGUUAUCUUGAAGCCAGAGCUAUAAUUGAAAUGCCUGAGGUCGUACUCCUGAAAAGUGGUAUUGCCAUUGAGGAAUGCUUUACCAAUAUCCCAGUUUCACAGACUGUGGCUCUACAAAAUUUGACACUUUUCUCCGUGGAAUACAAAUGGACCAAGGUUCUGGGAAAGGAUUCAGAACUGUGUGACCUUCAUUUCACCAAGGCAGAAGGGACGCUGAAGCCAAGGGAAAAGCUGGAAACAGAGUUUAUACUUUGCGUAAAAAAGCAGGGGACAAUCAAUGACUUGUUCGCUGUUUGUGAGAUUGAAGGCAUGGUGCAUCCGUUGAUAUUGUCCAUAGCAGCGAAUGUCUCAGGCCUCAAAGUAGAUUUUGCCACGCCAGAUGUCAGUGGAAUGCUGUCAAGCCCAACAACACAUUCGGAGCUAAAACUGGAAUUCGGAUAUGAUGUCCCGAUUUCCUCGAAUCCAAAGACUGUGGUUGUCAUGAAGAAUAACUCAGCGAUUUCUGCAUCAUUUUCAAUUUAUAUUGACAAUUUCAAAGGAGGAAGAUUGCCAACUCCACCAGAGAAAAAGAGACCAGACAAGCAAGAAAGCAAGACACGAAGUCUUCCGUUGCUUAGUAAAACAGAUACAAAGGCUGAUCUUUACAACCGGUUGUCAAGCAAAGCAUUCAAAGAUCUUUGCGAUGCCGCACUUUCGGAUGGCAAAGGGGCAGCAUUCCUUCCAAACCCUUCGCAGGGGCAGUUAGGGCCAUUUGAGCAAAUCAUCAUCGAAGUCACUGCUUACGUCGACAUGUGGGGAGAGUACAAUGACAAGCUUAUUUGCAUAGUUGAUGGGCUUAAACCAGUUGAAGUUCCGAUUCACUUAGAAUGUUCUGGUUGCCCAUUAAAAUUCCAGUUUUCUAAAGACCCAAAUCCAGUUUUACGGUUUGGAUCUCAUAUUUCUGGAGGUGAUAUACACAGCAGAGCGUUGAAGAUAAACAAUCAAAGUCCAUGUGAUAUCCGUGUGGAUUGGCGGUGCUACUCUUCAGAAAAUGAAGACACGCAGCUACUUGAUCUGCUUGUCAUGAUUGGGAACCCAUUCCCUCCUCUGGACAAGGAUGGCCAGGAAGUAGAAUUGGAAGAUGAUCUGGAGGAACCUCUUAUCAGAGUCAAGUUAAACCCUCAUCAAGGAAAAAUAGCAAGCAUUCCAUUUGCUGUUGAACCAAAACAAAUGAUUAUUCCAGCCAAAAGCUCAACCCAAGCAACAGCCAGGUUCAUUCCAUUUGAGAAUGCCGUAGAAAAAAUGGAUGUUCAGGGAUAUGCACUUGGAUUUAUGAGUUUACUGAACCAGGAUAAGUUUCACGAAGAAGGCCGAACGCUUAGAUGUGAUGGAAUCGAUGUACCUCCGUUUCAUUUGAACUUUACAGGGAGCAUCAAGCCGGCAAGAGUCAUUGUCGAAACCGAAUCAGAGAGUGGCUUUGUGUUUGAGACAGUUGCCAGUAAUUUGCUUCGACCGGACGGAAACUCAAGCUACAAGAUAGCUGAGAACUUUGUCACGACUGAUAAAACAGGCAGAGCUAUAGUCAAAGCUCCAAAUACCAUAAAGAAUGCGGCAAAAAGUUUCCCAAGCAGCGUCCCUGGCACAAUAUCACCAUACCCCAGAACGACCACUGUUUGUACCGCCCACCAAAGUGCGUCCGGUAUGCUUUUAAAUUCCGUCUUAUCGCGGUCCAUUUCAGCGUAAAAGACGAUGCUCCCUCCGAAUAUGAUAACAAUCACGAGGCAAAGCAGCAGCUCUUUGAUAUCAUCAACGGUGGAAACAAGAAUCUUUCCAACUAAUUUCAUCCUUUUAGACUGCCUGCCCAGGCGAAACAAUCGAAAUAUCCGUACAAACCUGAGAGUCCGCAGUAUUCUAUGAUAAUAGAGCUCUCCAUGGAUACUACUCAUUAUGAAAUACGGAACGACAGCGAGGGUGUCGAUUAUAUUCACAGGGGUUUUAAAGAACUGGCAUUUGCUGGGCGAAACGAUUACUCGAACAAUCAGCUCCAGCAGAAACCAACUGUUUAGUGCAUAUUCCAUGUAAAGUUGGAUUUUUUCUCGCUUAUUUCUGCGGAGCCAUUUCUGUACAUCCGGAAUGCUUUCAAGACAGGCGAUUAUAACUGAAAGUAAAAUCAUCGAUAGAGAAAAGAUUGCGAAAACCUUGGCUGCCUUUGAAGAUUCUGGUCUCUCAACAAACCUCCAAAUGAUCCUCUGCAAGUUGCUUGAAGGAAUCUGUUUCCGCUCAUUGCUGAUAAACAUUCCUUCCUUCAGCUUCAUCUCCUUGAUUGCUACGGCGGGUAGCUCGAAAUAUUUACACUCGCUUUCAAAUGUCUCAAAUCCCACGUUCGAUGGUCUGCUUAACCGGCCAUUUGACUGAUAGAAAUACAAUAUCCCUUCAAAUGCUGCUCGGUUUCUGUUAAAAAAGUAUUGAUUCGUGUUGAAGCAGAAAAAGCUGUUUCUCUUUGUUGGGUCUCCCAGCAAAGUUCGUGGGUAUCUCCCGAGAGUUGCUGCCCAUGUUUCAAAUAUCUCCCCGCUAAUAUUCAGAGUAAUUCGCUCUCUUGGAGACACUUCCAUAUUCCUCUUCUCACUGUAUCGCGUUAUUUAAUGAAUUAAUUUUUCAUACUCCUUUCUUGGCGCUUUAAAUCCAGCGAAGUUGAAUUGCUCCUCCAACUUGGCUUUUAAAGCCGUUCCUCCCAAACGCUGUUUUGGCAGAGUUAGAAAGCUACCUGUUCAUUCAGUUCAGCUUGAUUUUAACCAUUUGUUGUUUGCGCAAUUCUUAAUCUAAGUUUUCACAUCUACCAUAUUCUUUUUUCAUUAACUGUGAAAUUAAUUUACAGUGCAAUGUGUGUGUCUGUGUGAAUAGGCGAGCUCGCUACUUCCAAAAUACCUGUUCACAAUCGCAGUCGGAUUUCUUCAGAUUUUCUGCCCAUUCAUUUUCUGAUCAAUUCAAAGGAAAUCUCUCGCUUUCAUUAAUUUUUACUAUCCGUAUAAAGUAUUCUUUAUUUUGAUAGAAGCUAGCUAGUAAAUUCUGUCUUAUAACAUCUACUUGUUUGUUCUUCAAAGUUUCUUUUCGUAUUUUCGUAGUUUUGCCACUGCAUCAAUUUUCUUUCGCAAGGUUUAACGACUAUGGCUUACUACAGUCCCUUCAGCAGCCUUCGUACAGCAUCAUCUAAAUAAAAUAUGAUCUUUAUGAAUUCUGCGUCUUUUUUUGUCAAACAAGUUUGCAAAUGAUCACAUCUUCUCAAAAUUGGCUGAAUAACAUCCAACCUAUUGCUUUUACAACCUUGAAAUUAACUAACCACCUUAUGGCAUAUUCACCACUCUAAGCGAUUGCUGUCAGUUUUACUGUGCUCUUCAACAUUUUUUUGUAGAAAAAACCUGUCCUGUUUUGUAAAUAACCAGCAAUUCAUGGGCCAUAAUUCUUUCGUACAAAAAUUCUUUUAAGAAUGUGAUCUUUCAAGCAAAGAAAUUAUCGUGUUCUAUUUUUCUGGCUGUAUUUUAAUACUCACUCUUCAUCUCAAAAUCACGUUUUCUUCUUGUUGGAGUCAACAAUAUGAUUGCCUUUCUGCAGAUUACCGAACCCUCUUCUUGUCUGUGCAUUAGAUCAAUGCUCCAAGCAGCCAUUCGCUACAAAACGACCAUUUUUUAUCUACUCUCAUCAAGAGGGUACCGAGAAAAUUUACCCACCUUGGACUGCCUUUCAAGCAGCUUAAAACUGGAAUGUCUAGCUGUAGUACAACACUGGCUCAUCUUCUGUUUUGUUUUAAUAAUGGUUCUUUUAUGGCUACAGUAAAUAUAUUUUUCUUUUUUGCCCAUUUUGUAUGUUUUCUUGCUUUAAAGUUCGUUGAGGAUAACACAUUAGUAGCUUACCAUUGUAUAACAAAAAAUAAAAUUUUCUCAAGCUGUUCUUUAAUUCUAAUAUGACGUUGUGACCAUCGCUCCGUUCUUCAUUCAAGACCAUUUCUUAUUCAAAACCAUUCUUCAUUCAAACUAUUCUUCACAUAAAAUAUUCUUCAUUCAAGCAAAAUUAAAUUUACUCCAAUCUUCUACCUUUAGGUCAUGUCUUGCUCAGUGUCAACCUAUUUCUUUUUCCUGAUAUUGAAAAAUUUAUCUUGUAUCUGGAUAGAAUUAACAAUUAAAUGAAAUAUUUACUCCGUUGCAAGCCUGUUGUAAUCCCCCGAUUGUCCUGAAAUCCUCUCUUGUACAGUAGCUGUAAUCUUUUCAAUUACUUUUGAAAACAUACUAGUAUUAGCUUCACGCGAUUGAGCUAGAUCGUUGCAUAAAUGGUCUGAAUAUCCAAUAUUUGUGUAAAAACCCUGUAAGCUCGUCAAGGUAGGUUUACAAAAAGAUUUCCUUUUAAGCUUUAUGUGUAAAGACGAAAAAGAUCCCUUGGUUAGCAAGCGUUUCUUCUUUGACUUAAAUUCUAGCUAUUUACUGUGUCUUCAAUGCUGUUUAGCGUAGAACUCGCUUUUACUGUCCACAAAGUAACGAAAGAAAGCUUUGUUAUGCAAGCUUAUGACUACGAUGAUCAUGCUAGAAGUUUUCUUUAGACCAGACCUUUUCAUUUUUUCUCAGAUUUUUAACAAAUUUCAACGUCAGCUUUAAUCUUUAUUGUUUUUUACUGCAUUAUGAUUACCUAACAAAUUGGCUAAAUACAUUUAAAAACAUUACAUAGCAACUAAAUUCUUUCUUGGAAAUUAUACCAAAAUUUUAAUGGCACCACGAAUAUUCUGCAGACAAAAUAUAUUCAUUGUGCUAUGAGAUCAUAAUAUUCUCACAGUACAAAUUACUAGCAUGGCAUUAAAGGGCUGUGUCAUGGUUUUGUAAACAAACCAAAUACACGGGACAUUGUGCGUUUCUAGCCUGACUUGCACAUUGGGAUAAUGGCGGAUGGUGCUCCGGUGCAUCGACAAGCUCGAUAAAUUGUAUUUUCUGAGCGUAUUUACCGAACAUGGAAUGAACAAUUGCUAUAUUUCAGCCUAUGUACCGACUAUCGAAACGAAAAAUGUAUGCUUAUUUUGUCUAGGCUAAAGAAAUGAAGCUUCAUUCAACCAUGGCAAAGAUGUUUUUCUUUGAUGAUGAAUUGAUGAAUACAAAAAACUGUUUUAUUCCAUAUUAGUUUUUCUAUUGAACGCAAGUUGUUUCACCUGGACAUUUUUUUAUCCUGCUGCCAAAGGACUUCAAACUGCUCAAAGUUGAUCCACCUAGAACGGUCAGAACGGGUCUGCCGUAAAUUAUUUUACCGGGUUUUUUUUUCAUUCUCCAUUAAGGGGAGGGUUUUUUGCUUAUUGCUUAUUUUUUUAGAUUUGAAUUUUAGAAGCCUACCUUUCUUAAUGAAGUUUCUUAUCGUUACGUGCAAUUAUGGUGAGAAUUGCUUUAUAGUGUCUUACCCUUCACUUAGCGGUUCUAAAGAGCCAUCUGUAAGGAACUGGAACCAACAAUAGAUAUUGGUUCCUCAUUCGCACCUCCGUAGCAUUUUGAUUCGUUACUCGAGUGUGGUUUUUUACAUUUUUUCGGGCAUUGUUACUUUACUGUGAUUCUAAAUGAAAACUUUAUUAGGAAUUUGUUAUGAAUUUAAAUUUAUUUUUGAAUUUUGAAUUUAUUCGAGGAAUUGCCUUACAUAUUGGAAAGGCGCAAAAAUUCGUUCUAAAAAAUAAAACAGAGCUUUUUGGAUUUUCAUUUUCAAUUCAUUACGAUAUUUAAAACCGUUAAAGAGAAUAAUACUUUAACAAUAAUGUUAUUGGUAUUCUAAUUAUCAUAAAACCGUAUCAAAUUAUAUCUUGAAAUGAAUUAAACUACAAAAGAAGAAAACAGAACUGUAAACAGUUUUUAAAAUGCUUGCAAAUCAAUUUCCAGUCGCUUUUAAUGCUACCCACUAUGAAGGCCUGGUGCAAAAUCUGCAACGAACAAAGGAACAACUUGCAAGUAUUCCUGAUUCCUUCAUUAUAUUAGUCUCGAAAUGCUCUUAGCUGUGUCUCAGCUUAGCUUAGCCGUCUUAGCGAUGUUCAGUGAUGUUGAGCAGCGAUGUUCAGUGACACUGAGUCAAAUGGUCACAACAUUUUUGUCGCUCAUGUUCACUAUUUGUUUGAUAUUCUCUCAUUGAACACCGCUGAACUUUGCCAGAAAACACUCUAGAAAUUUGAUUUGUCCAGUGAACUAGUGCAUAUAUUUCGAACGGGGUUGUAUACUAUAAGGGCUCAUAUGCUAGGGAGUUCCUUUAUGCUACCACAGUACCUCAAUAUUAUGGGGCUAGCAAGGAUUCUAUAAACAAGUGAAAUGGUUGUAGUUUGGCUUGAUCACUACACUAAUCUUAAAAUUUCUUAGUCUCUACUAAACGUCUAGCUGUUCGUUUGGAUUUACCAACGAUCAACAUGUUAUCUUUUCAUUUUUUUCCUGCUCUUCCUUCUCUUUCCUUCUUUCUCCUACCUUUUUCUUCUUUUUGCAUUUAUGUUUGCAAAUAGGCUCAGUUUCACAGGUGUUUGAUUAUAUGUCUAGACAGCCAAUCAUCGUCAGCUUCAACCUCUAACUCGCUAGAGUACAUAAACUCAUGCUCGAAGCUUCGAAUCUAAUUUAGGCCCUCUUUAUGGCAAACUAAACCCACCAACUUCAUUAACAAGGUAAUGACUUUCAUUCGCAAAUAGAUUAAGCGAGAACAUUUUCGGAGUUUCUCGAUAAAUCAGAAUUCUGUGAUAUGGAUCAUCAUCCUUUUAAGCCAAACUUGCUUUCAAUCUGCACUUCUUUCUCUAUGUCAAACGUCGCCAUAGUUUGUUUAUUACUGUCUCUAUCAGAUCAGAAAGAAUGUUGGAGAGACCCACAAUUGUUGAAUUUACCACCACUACGGCAUAGAAAGAAAAUUCCUCGAUUAACCAUACUUCUGCAUCCUUUUUUGAUAUUAUUUUUUUCUCUGUCCUUAGCUAUAUUGAAAUGUACAGGCCAAUGAUAUGUAUCUACUUUGAAGGUAUUAGAAAGAUGUUGUUGUGAGAAUGUGUGAAGCUUGUUGUGGAAUCAUUCAUUGCAUAUGUUUUGAAUCACGAUUUAUAACCUUGAAAGCAAAUUUACGCCACUAUCUCAUUUGGUCUUUCAGUUUUUUUUAUCUUUAACACUAAAUCUUGACAAAAAUGUUUUUAAACCUAUUCUGUUUUUUUUCUAAGCUCAGUCGUGCUUUUUCAGAGUAUGUAUAAGCAAAAUGUGCAAGCUUAAAAGGUCGUAGACUAAAAGAAUUUCGGUGAUUUUUUCACAGAUGUGAUUCCCAAAAAUCUUAAGCAUCCGGAUUUGCCGGUUGUGUUCUAUUGAAUCUGUUUCUUGGAGGUCAUAAUUUCGCGUACAUUAAUUAUUCAUCAUAAGAAAUACGCAAUGCACUCUCGAAAACAUUCAUUACUCUCUGAACCAUUCUGAUGCGAUACAGACUUUUCACACAGCUCUUUUUUCAAUUUAUGUAAGGUCAUCAGACGAAAAUACAUCUCCGAUGCUUUAUUUUUAAUAUGACGUUAUUGGUCCCAGGACUCUGUCGCGUUGGUGUUGUUCUCUUCCUUUGGGUUUUUAAAUGAGAUUGACUUUCUUGAGAAGCUCUAACCUGCAUCUUACCUGUUUGCAUAUCAUAUAUAUCAAUAUGGCUGCAAGAUUACUACUCAGCAACUUCUUAGAGCGCAAUACCAACACGAACAACACAAAACUGAGCAACACUUGCAAUGUCCAAGAGUGAUAAAUAUCGUUGGAUAAAUAUCGUUAGGGAGAUGAAACCUUUAGUUCUUUGUUUCGAAACAAUACCGUCUUAGACCAAUCAGUGUUGCAGGGUCAUUGCACAUGCGCAUUGAUAACAGUAUUCACGCAACGGCUCUGCCUGUGACCACACAACUCUUGGACUUCCUGCCAGGGCUUCAAGUGAUAAUGCGCAUCUGCAAUGACCCUGAAACGGGGGCUAGUGCAUGUCUUGAAGACGGGCAUGAUUCAUCUCCCGAACAAUUACAAUUUGACUGCCAAGUUUCGCUUAAUUCCUAGAAUAGCCUACCAGAUCCUUCCACCCUGUUAUCUUUUAAAUCACAUAAUAUAUAAUAAUAAUAAAAAUAACAAUAAUAAUAAUAAGACGAAUAUUUAUACAGGAUAUACACUUCAACGAGUUAAAACUGCUGUAAUUUAUGUAUGCCCUGUGUCCUAUGCCUUAAUGCUAAUUCCCUAAAUAUUUACAGUUAAAAAUGAAUCCAGUAAAAGUAAGAAUACAGAUGUAAAAAGAACAGGUCUCCUAAUUACAUUCAAAGUUUCAGGUAAAAUAUAAAGAUAAAUGUCUUAUAACAGGGGCGGAUCCAGCAAAAAACCUGACUGAGUUCCAGGCCAAGGCUAGGGACUUUCAGAUAAUGCAUUGAUCAUUGUGCAUAAGACAACAUUAUUAUUCAUAUUUAUGCAUUUUGGUACCAUUGAGGGGGGGGGGGGGGUAGGUACUAUCUACUCACUAAAUCUAGAUUCUAGAUUUCUUUCCGACAAAAAAAAGUGCCUCUGUGAAAAAAUUUUCAGCCCCCUCUCUUUCUCAAUACCCUUUGUUUGUUUUGGAUGCCACAGCAAAGUUUUUCCCUUUUGUUUUGCUCGCAAUUUGUUGUUUUGCCUCCGUAGACACCAGCCUAUUCAUCAAAAUAUGGGGUUCCGUCUGAGCAUAGGUUUUCCGUGCCAUCAAAGACUGCAAUUUAAAGCAAAGGUAGUUAACACUCCAGGAAAAUUAACGAUAUCUCCUGGUUUUAUCUCAAAUGUUUAAUAAUCUGCUAGAAUGCUGCGAUGGUCGUGAGUAUAAGACAUCUGCAGUCGCCAUUUCGAAUUCAAUGUUUAGACAAUAGAACACAAUAGAACAGAAACAAUAGGUAGCCAAUCAACUUACAAAUAUGGUACCAUUUCCGAGUUCUAGAUGCUGUUUUGACUGAGUUCAAUCCGUGUUCCAGACAAAAAGUUUAUUGUUUCAAUUCAUUCACUUUCGAGGCACAAAAUGUUUAUUUCCGAGUAAUAGGAUUGACUGCUGUUGUCUGACUCCACAGCGUCUGGAAAAUCGUUUCCAAAUCCCGACAGAGAAAAAACUGGCAAUUUUUAAAAUUUUGAAGAGACUGUGAUAUAACUUAGAAUUUUUAAGGUUUCAAUUUUUUAAUUUAAAUAUUACUUGUUUCAGGCAACACUAUUUUUAGCUGUAUGUUGAAAAACUGACUGAGUUCUGUGCACCAAGGAACUCACUCUGGAUCCGCCUUUGUUAUAUCAUUUGUCUUGAGCUAACAAACUAACAGCUAAUUCUCGUAUUUUUUGGUUACAGAAAGAGUUUGUUUUAUGUUGAACUGUCACAUCGUUAAAAAUUGUUCGUUUAUUUGUUGUUCCGCCUUGAUAGCUCUAAGUUGGCAGCCAUGUUUUGGUGCUAGAGCUCUCCAAGAAGAGUUUUUGAUGCUAGAGUCUCA